UUGGAAUACUCUCGUCUUGGCGGUCUUGGCUGUGCAUUCGUUCGUAUGCUUCACACGCUUGGAAGUCGUCAGUCGAUUUCUCGGUGUGGUUUUCCGCGGACUUUGAGUCUUGUGAUGGAGUCAACUUUGUAGAAUCAGCAUCGUUCGGUUGUGGAACUUCUACGGUUUGUGCCAACUGCAACCUAUCAGCUGUUUGCAUUAGAUGAAGCGAUUUUACGUUGCUCACCACUUCGAUGACGCUGUCACCCCGCAGCAUCGUAAAACGUGUGGUACGGCCUCAUAUGGAGUUUCGUUUCAACGUUGGCAACCAUUGAAUUUGGUCACGCCAUCCAAUAGUCAGUAGACGGGGAUUAAGUGAAGCAAUUUGGUUCAGUGUUACGAUGUGUUGUGAGGCGGACGACGCGCCUAAGUGUUGCUGUUCGUGUCGGUGCGCAAGAGAAGCGCGCGCACGCAAGACGCGUUUUUGGGGAUGGUUGAAGAAACGCCUUGCAUCCACCCACAGAAGUUCCGGCAUCUCAGGAGAUGAGGGAGCAUACGGGCAUCACCAUGGCCGUCCCCAAGAUGUACCGCUCACUCUGCAGAAGCGACUUAGCUUCAUAAGUGAAGACAAAAGGGGAACUUCCACAGUUGAGUUGGUCAAGAAGGAGGGCUCGACACUUGGUCUUAUUUUAUCAGGUGGUAUUGACAAAGGUGCUCACCCAAAGAUUGCGAGUUUGCGACCAGGAAGCAUAGUCCAUAGAUGCGAUGCCCUGGCCGUGGGAGACCGCAUCGUUGCUGUCAACGGAAUACGCACCAGUAAGCUGAAGCAUGAUGAGAUCGUCAACCUGCUGAAGAACGCUGGUCAAAGAGUGGUCUUGGACAUAGAAUACGAGAUACCCGUCACUGCUGCAGAGUCGUCCAUAUGUGUCUGUCCAAAAGUAAUCCAAGUGAAGUUAGAGAAAGAAAAUGGAAGUUUUGGGUUUUUAAUUCGUGGUGGUGCCUGCACAGAGAAGCUCAAGAGUCACCCCUUGACAAUAACCCACGUUAGACCAGGAGGUCCUGCCGACAGGGAUGGCACAAUCAAGUCGGGGGACCGACUGUUAGCUGUCGACAACAUCAAUCUUCAUAAUGCAUCGCUCAAUGAAGCCAUGCUUGUACUGAAACAGGUUGAAAGGACUGCACUACUCACCAUUGAAUAUGAUGUUUCUGUUAUGGAUGCUGUCAGGAAUGCUUCAGGCCCACUGCUCGUAGAGAUUGACAAAACUCCCGGUGCGCAGCUGGGAACAACGUUGACGCAGCUGCAACAGGGGGAUGGCACCAUAGUUUUUGACAGCAUCAAGCAGGCCAGUAUAGCGGAGAGGUGUGGCGCACUUCACGUUGGUGACCAACUGCUGGCCAUCGAUGGCACAAGAGUGGACAACAUGACACCUGCAGAGGCCAUGCAAUUGCUCAAGAUGUCGACAGGCAACAUGAUCAGAUUGGAGGUCCUACCAAUCAGUCAGAUUGCAAUGCGGAAGUACCAUGAUGCUCGUGCAGCAAAAAGUCGAGCGUCGCAUCGGGCUCAGUGCUAUACUAAUUCAGAAUACAACACCCUGUCAUCAUUGGGUGGACGCUCUUCCGGUUACCCUCCACUUCCUCCUCAGCAGACUCCAUCAACACCUUCGUCUCGCAGGAGCAGACGGUCCAAGAACCAUCAUCCUGACUAUUUGCCAAGCUCUUCGAAUACAUCGGUAUCCUCUUCCUACGGCAUCCCACCAUGCAGUGCUGCUAGCCAGCUCAGCCAUGUUGAAGCAACCCAAGUAAUCAUCUAUGCUGAUCAUAAGGGUUUCGGCUUUGCCCUCCAAGGAUCGACUUUCACAACGGAGCUUGUUUCAUCGCCUCCAGUUGUCAACAGCAUAGAUGCCAGGGGCCCUGCUGAGCAGACAGGAGUUGUUCAAGUGGGAGACCGUGUGCUGGCCGUCAACUGCCACAGCACAGAAGGAAUGGCCGUUGAAGAAGUCACCAGACUCAUCCAGCAAUCUAGGCCACGCGUAGUUCUCGACAUCGAGUUUGAUGUUGCAGAGUCUGUGAUACCAAGCAGUGGCACAUUCACUGUCAAACUGGCAAAGAAGGGGCCUGGACUCGGAAUUACAAUCACGUCACCUAAAAAUCGCCGCCCAGGAGAACCUCUCUUGAUAUCAGACAUCAAACGGGGAAGUGUCGCACACAGGACCGGCACUCUGCAACCAGGAGAUCGUCUGCUGGCCAUUGAUUCAGUCAGAAUGGAUAAUUGCACUAUUGAAGACGCUGCAGAAAUCCUGCAAGGAUGUGAGGAGGUGGUCAAGCUCAGGAUACGGAAGGACGAAGCUUUUUGUGAAGAGCCAGAUGCAACAGGAACUGUCGUGUUUACUGUUGAACUGGCGAGGCACGGAGGUCCGCUUGGAAUCACAAUUUCUGGCACAGAAGAACCAUUUGAUCCCAUCGUGAUUUCGGGUCUCACUGAUGGCGGACUAGCCGAAAGGACCGGCGCACUGCACGUUGGAGACAGAAUUCUCGCUAUCAACGGACAGAGCCUUAGAGGAAAGCCACUCAGUGAAGCAAUUCUCUUGCUCCAAAAUUCUGGGGAUGUGGUGACGCUGAAGAUUUCAAAAACUACCAUUGACCAUGGGUUAGAUCCUAGCAAGAUCGAAAGACCAAAAGAGCCUGAGCCAACAAACUUCCUUAGCAUGUAUGGCACUCCCAUACCCAGCGUGGAUAGUGCUGUGGAGUCAUGGGAUAGCUAUGGUGGCUUAGAAGGAAUGUCUGGCAAUGGAUCUGCACAGAACAAACUUCCUGCUGUGGCCAACCAAGCAGCUAAUGAUGACACAGAACCAUCAACAAGCUCACAUGUGUCGACAACACAAGCUGUACCAAACCUCCCCGAGGACCUGGCACGCUGGGAAAAAGAUGUCUGGGCACACCGCAGUCAGACUGAAUCCUCAUCGACCCCUGUCCCUCCACCUUCUGAAAGUGAUCAAGAUUGGUCUAAGGUCCUGGAGGAUCUGGAGACAUGUGGACAGUCCAAGCUGCUUCGUCAGAUCGAACGCAGUAUCAUGGGAAGCCAGCAGUCCGUGAAUCCGAUUCCUCACGCUUCUAACCAAGCGGAGGAUAAUAAAGAAUUGCAGUAUGCACCUUUUGGGUUUCAAACACAACCAGACCAGGGCAACGCAUCAACAGAUUGCGAGUACCAGCCUUUUACUCUGUCACCAUAUGACAGCCAGGUAGAAGAUUGUGCAAUGGCAUCUUACAGAAGGCAAUUGCCACUUCCUAUAGAGGUCCAUAGGGUGACACUCUUCAAGGAUACAGUAUAUGAAGAUUUUGGCUUCAGCGUUUCUGAUGGGCUCUACGAGAGGGGUGUUUUUGUUAACAGGAUACGGCCUGGAGGUCCAGCAGAUCUUGGUGGAAUGCUUAAGCCAUAUGACAGAAUACUGCAGGUAAACGACACAAAAACACACGACUUCGACUGCUGCCUCACAGUGCCUCUCAUUGCUUCGUCUGGGGACUCCAUCGAGCUUAUUGUGAGCAGACCAGCAUACACAAACAUGUUCAGGAUCCAUGAAACGUUUGAUCGAAGCACCCCAAGCCAUGACACUGGACUUCAUCCCUGGAUCGAUGACAACGAUCGUGAAGAUUGCUCUUCGCCCCAAGGCACACAUAGGAAUUCGCAAGUGCUUACAAAGACUUUGUGAGAGUGUCACACAGUUUAGUGUACAUACAGCUUCACCUUACAAGUUAAUAGCACUGCUUCUUGGAACUUCUCUGUUGUAUUUUGAUCUACACAUGAUGAGCUAACAGUUUCAUAGUGACGUUUGUGUGGAAUUUCUCACUAGCUCUUGCAUGUACAUAAUAGAAUAUACUAUGUGUAGCACAUGUGUUUGGAAACCACAAUCUACCACUUCCAGUUGUGUUGCAUUCAUGAGUAGCAGUCUGCUCAUUUAAUUAAUCUUGAGAUCAAGAAACAUGCGUAGGGUAGGAUGGUACAGUCGCCGUCCGCUUUGUCGGACUCGGCGGGGAUCGCCCAACAGUCCGAAUAAUCGAGCAGUCCGGAAAAAACGAAUUUCGCUUCAAAAUAAACUUUACUAAAUACUAGUAGGCUGGAAAAAUUUGUCGAUGCUCUCCUAACGCGGUUCCAGCUCUGCCUGAUAACACCGGCUUCUAUUUCCCGAAGCGACAUUUCGUCACUGUACACUCCCAGGCACCGCCGUCAUCAAGUCCGCAAGUCGGCUUCACCUAACGCAUGCGUGCUUUAGGUGAAGCUCGCUUUACAGCGCUGUCAACGCGACUCGCGGGCGGACAGCACGUGCUGGGCCUUUUGAAUCAAGAGGUUGGCCAAAAACGAAGACGCAAAGUGUUACGACAGACCUCUUCGACUCAGAGUAAUGGAAAAUGAACAAUAAUUGCUGAUUUUUUUGCCUCAAUAUUUUAGUUGGCUGAUUUCUUUUGAUACGAAUUUCGGAUGAUACCAAUAUUUUCUGUCACCCCAAGAGAGAAGUUCGCUGGUUGGGUAGACAGAGUCCGAAAUAUCGAGGGACCGGGUUGCACGGCGUCCUAAAUUUUGGUCGUUCUUAUACAUCAACUCUAUGGGACCCGUGACCGUUCCUCGAACGAGUCCGAAUAAUCGAGCAUGUCCGAAAAAUCGGGGUGCGAAAAAACGGUCGGCGACUUAUACACUCCAACGCCAUAGCUGAUGUUAGUACUGUGCAAUCCAGUUAUUUUGAACUCGAAAGGGACUGAAGAUUUGUUUGAAUAAAGCAGAGUUGGAACUAAAGCGAGUCGCUCUCAAUGAGGGCUUGAUGCGCUGACAGCACAUACACGUCAUGUCUCGCUAAGCCUUGUCACAUGUUUGCGGUUACACCAUGUCAGAAAUGUAAUGGGCCCAUUCAUGUACCCAAAUACCUGUUUAAGGCAAGUAUCAAAACAUCUAAGAGAAUGUCUAGGCUAUGAUCUAGCGCUGAAAACAAAAAUGGCAUGAUGCUGACAUUGCGUGGUGCUUUGAAAGAAAAUUAUUCACGUUUUGCAGUGACAUUUCAGGUUAUGAAUGGCUCGCCUCUAAUACAGAAGUUUUGCAGCUUCUACGACCAGGGCCUGCUUGCCCUGCUGCCCUGCAAGCAAGUAUGUCUUAUGAAUGUGGAAGUACAGGUCAUGUCCUGCUUAUCCAGAACUCACUUUGUCUAUAAAAUACCUCAGAACGCUCGAAUUUCCAUGUAGUUAUACAGCACAUUACCCAUAUCCGAGGGAAAAAAAUAUUGAGAAAGACCACUGCAUGUUUUCUAGCCAUUUUGUGAUAUUGUCCAAGCCACUGACCUAAACUGCACAAACAACAAAGGGUGUGACUCAUUGCAGAGUCUCAAAUGUGAUGGACAAGAAGCCACUCCAUUACUGACCAGUACCGUGGAACACCUUCCAAGAGAUUCAUCAUAAAAAAAAAUUGACAUUGUGAUAAAUUUUAUAAUUUCCACAACCGAUAUUUAAAAUGCAUGUCAAACUAGUCUCCAUGUACGUCUUCAAUAAAUUUUUUUCAGAGGAGCAACCCAUUUGCCUUUAGCAUUGUGCUGCCAUAACAUUGGCACUUUGUAUGCUAACCCCCCCCCCCCCUCCCAUACACACACAGAUAGGAUCCCUGUAUGCCAUUGUGUCCUUGCACUGAAAUAUGCCCGAUAUCUAUCUUUUGUGUGUUAUUUUGUCUUUGAACAGGACACAUGCCCGAGCAGAUAACUUUCUUAGAUGUGUGCACCAACCGUACCUGGGUAGUAAUAUCAUUACUCUAAUGAAAUUACUGUAAUGAAUUACUUUUCCUGGUAAUUUGUAAUGUAAUGCAUUACUUUUUACAUUAUGUAAUUUGUAAUGUAAUUUAAUUACAUUUGGGCAGUAAUUUUAAUGGCAUUACUCAUUACUUUUUACAAAAGAAUUGAGUGUGUGUUCUGUGUUUGCACUUGGCAGAGAGAGUUGGGGACCCGCGGGUUAAAAGAACUCUAACACCCCCUAUGAACGGUGACGCACUCAAUCGGCACUGGGAACGUCAGUUCCCUUCGACGAGCCAGUUGCCUUAGUUAGGGCACCCACAAACAAACGUUCUUCAGGUCAACGGUUUGUAGCCUUUGAGAAUCAUUGUUUAGACAAUCUCCCUGUUGUCGUGAUACUUUGUGUCACCUUCGUCUCUACAUUGUGGAACGAUACGUCAUACGUGGCACACCAGCCUGACAUGUAGAAGAGACAAAUAGAAGAGUACAAGCUAACCGUUGUUACAUUGUCAGCAUACAUUUCCUCGAAUAUUGGGGAAGGCAAGUUUCGACAACUUUUGUGUUUUUGUCCCUUGUGCCUUCCACAAAACUCGGGAACAUGUAUGUAUGCCAAUAAUUUCAAAGUAAUGACAUUGUAAUGUCAUUACAUUUCAGUUGCAGUAAUGAAUAAUGUAAUUUAAUUUAAUUCUAACUGGAGUAAUGAGUAAUGUAAUUUAAUUACAUUCUAGAAGUAAUUUACCCAGGUAUGGCACCAACCUCAACCAAACAAGUGUAUGUACAUAUACGGUUUAAUCAAAAAGUGUAUUUUCUGAAGCGAACCAGUACAUUUACUACUUGUAAAAGCCCUACUAGUGUACAGUUUGUGUAAUACACAUUUAUUUUGAUUUUUUAAUGCAUUUGUAAGAUGGAGAAGAUGAGCAGCCUGGAUAAAUGGGACAUGACUGUGGUAGUAUAUGAAACGUUCGGUUCAGUAUUCCAAGACCUUUUAUACCUCUGUUUAGAAAUCCCUAUACAGCACCCUUACCAUCAUCAAGAUCUCUUCCCUAAUGAUUCCUGUGUUACAGCUUUACUUGAGUAGCUUGACAUUGGAAAGCCUUGUGAAAGAGCAUGUGCAGAUACAGUUAACUGUUCAUGACACAACAUAUUGCAACUACAAAACUCAAUUUUGAGUGCUGGCGCAUUAAAGAUGUCAAAUAGGCUACCAUAAUCAGUUUUCCCUCAGUCAAAAGCAAAAGUGAAUGUGGCCUGCACGCUCCUCUCGAAGAAUCUCCCACUGGAGGUCACAAAAUGCGGCUUUGAGACUACUGCUACAGCCUUUGCUCAUAAGUGCCCAUGUCUCUUGUACCUUCUGGCUUAUUUAUCAUUCAGUGACCUUCCCUUUACUCACUAUGUACAGUGAGCACAUUAAUAAAUGUGUGCAACUUUUCACAAAGUGCCUUUUUCUCAGGGAUAAAAUGUGCACAGCCUAUGAGCUUGGAUUCGUAGUUGUACAGUUGUUUAUUGAAAGAGAAGAAAUGAAAAUGUUGCAAAUGUAUGUACAGUCAAAGAAAUAAAAACGAGUGUUACUGAGAUAAUA